GUUUAGAAUAACAGUCGUCUUAUGACAUAUAUGUAUCUCGGCGUUAUGGGGCAAAUCUUAAUCGGCUGUGCUUAUUUGGCUAAGGGACGACUGUGGCAAUAACACCGCUAAUUGGAAAGCCGUUAAUGGCCUCAACUUGAUCAAAUGCGGCAAGGUCGAGUCACCUGAUUCCGCACGUUCGGGCUUAAGUGGAAUUUUCGCGUGGGGCGCCGAAGUCUAAUCCCUGCAUCUCCAGACUCCCCCAGUUCCUUACCCCCAGCUGUUACCCCCACAGCCGGUACGCGAACCUUGUUUAAUUGGACAAUUCAACUUUACAGUCAGACAGUGUACAAAAACUUGAUGAAGCACAAGAUCAUGUACGGUAGCAAAACCCCUGCUGGAUUAUCCAUUACCGGCCUGGCAUAUCAUCAUGUCACAGGUCACUCAUGCGGCUUAGCCAAAUACGGGAAUAUGUACAAUACUAGACCUAGGUAUGUACUUCAUGGUACUUUGCGAGUCCAUUGUACAUAAAGAACAUCUGCCCACUCGUACUUCAUUGUUCUGUUUUCCGCUUUGACAACGUCUAACUACCUCUUUACAAAUCUCUCCUCGUCUGUCUCCAGAGUACAAAUUAAGGAGCAGACACAACUCUGUAGUUGCUCACAACAAGAUGGCAGUAUCACGAAUGAAAGAGCCCUACUUUGGGCUGAAGGGCAAAUGGCUGACCUUCUGGAUCACUCUCGCUUGCGCUACAGACAUGACCCUUUUUGGUUAUGACCAAGGUGUUUUCAGCGGUGUUGUUAUUUCGAAAGAUUAUCUAGACGUCCACAACCUACAUGGCCCGGAGAAUACAAGCAUUCUAUCAAUCAUCACCUCGAUUUAUACUAUCGGUUGCUUCCUGGGUGCUAUCACCGCAUUCUACAUCGGAGAGACGAUAGGCCGAAAGAAAACUGUACUUGUUGGCACCGCAAUCAUGAGUGUCGGCGCUAUUCUCCAAACAAGCUCUUUCAGCGUUCCGCACAUGAUAGUCGGCCGUAUCGUUACAGGUAUCGGAAAUGGAAUCAACACAGCUACUGCCCCUGUUUGGCAAACAGAGACCUCCAAAGUGGAUAACAGAGGAAUGCUUGUCAUGAUCGAGAUGGGCUUGAACAUCUUCGGUUUUUCCUUGAGUAAUUGGGUUAACUAUGGAAUGUCAUUCGUUGGAGGUUCCGUCGGAUGGCGGUUCCCCCUGUCUCUCCAGCUCGUUUUCUGCAUCGUUCUCUUCUCUACUGUCCCAUGGCUACCGGAGUCGCCCAGAUGGCUGUUUGCACAUGGUCAAGAGGACGAAGCGAUUAAGAUCUUGGCGGAUUUGGAAGAUAAACCGAUUAACGACCCCUACAUCGUCGCCGAGCGCGAAGAAAUCGUCUUCAGCAUUGAGUAUGAGCGCCAAAACGCGAUCAACUGGGGUGAUUUGCUCCGAGGUCGUACCAAAUCCGGAACUAAAACAAUUCGACGACUGAUCCUUGGUUCUGGUACUCAAGCUAUGCAACAAUUUGGUGGCAUUAAUAUCAUGUCCUACUACCUUCCUACCGUGUUGAUCGAGUCUGUUAAGCUAGACGAGAGCAUGGCCCGUCUUAUUGCUGCUUGUGCAUCAGUCGCCUACCUCUUCGCGUCUUUGAUAGCAGCGCCCCUUGUGGAAAGGGUUGGCCGCCGCAUCAUGAUGAUGGUUUCCACUGCAAUCCAACUAGUCUGCUUCUUGCUUGUCACGGUCCUACUCCACUUCGCGGAGAAACCUGGCUACCUUCACCAGAUUGAAGUAUCUAAGGCUUCUGUCGUAUGGUUCUUCAUCUAUUAUAUGGGUUUUGGUUUAGGAAUGUUGGGUAUCCCAUGGCUGUACCCUACUGAAAUCAACUCUCUUCCUAUGCGAACAAAGGGAGCUGCUGUUGCUACCAUGACGAACUGGAUCACAAACUUCAUCGUCGUCGAAGUGACACCCAUCGGUAUCCAAAAGCUAGGCUGGAAGUUCUACAUUAUCUGGACAGUGACAAACGCGCUAUUCUUGCCCAUUAUUUGGCUCUUCUACCCCGAGACGGCCAACCGUACUCUGGAGGACCUAGAUGCUUACUACCGCGAUAACCCACCCCUGGUCCUCCACAAGGACCGCGACUCUACCUCCACAACCCGACCCGAGAGGUUUGCCGAAGCGCAAGGCCGGGAUAUCGAAGAAGCUACGAAGCACCUGGAGAGGCGCACCUCUGUUGUUCACGACGAAGGGGGUUUGAGCAGUUAAGCUACCUGCUUGCCUUACGCAUCCUCGCUCGCGGGGUAUCAUUGAAUGCACGAAGUUUCUCACGAGGUAUAUUGGCGGGUCUUGCUCGUAUGGGUUUCACCAUACAACGGUGUUUUACGAAUUUAUACCUAGCGGGUAUACCAUAGGGAUACAUGCGCAUGUAUUGGGUUUCUGGGUUAGACUUGAUACCAUUUCCGUCCAUAGCAAUUGACAAUGGACUUCAUGAAAUAAACGAUAUACUUGUUAAUUUUUGUGUUAGUAUUAAGGAGG